CCCGGCAGCCCUCGCGCGGGGCAGGAAGCGGAAGCGGGGCGGCCAAGGCGACGUGUGAGCCAUGGCGGGGACGCUGGAGCCGCAUCUGGAGGCGCUGCGGCGGGAGCUGCUGGCGCCCGACCCCACCGUGCUCUCCGUCCUCCUGGCGCUGAUCGCCGUUAUCGUCACACUCCUGAUCUGGAGGCUGGUGCAGGGCAGGAGGAGCAGCCGGAAGGCGGUGCUGCUGCUGGGCCUUUGCGACGCCGGGAAGACGCUGCUUUUCGCGAGGCUGUUGACAGGCAGAUACCGGGAUACCCAGACUUCGAUAACCGACAGCUCUGCAGUUUACAGAGUCAGCAACGACAAGAGUGCUAACGUCACCUUAAUAGACCUUCCAGGCCAUGAGAGUUUGCGGCUUCAGUUCUUGGAGAGAUUCAAGGCUGCAGCCAGAGCCAUCGUGUUUGUGGUGGAUAGUGUGGCCUUUCAGCGGGAGGUGAAGGAUGUGGCAGAGUUCCUGUACCAGGUCCUAGUUGAUAGCACUGUGCUCAAAAAUGCACCCGCGCUCCUGAUCGCUUGCAAUAAGCAAGAUGUCACAAUGGCAAAAUCAGCAAAACUUAUUCAGCAGCAGCUGGAAAAAGAGCUCAACACUUUACGAGUGACCCGCUCUGCAGCUCCCACAAGUCUGGAUGGUUCAGCCACUGGGGGCCCUUCCCAGCUGGGGAAGAAGGGCAAGGACUUCGACUUCUCGCAGCUACCCAUGAAGGUGGAAUUCGUGGAGUGCAGUGCUCGGGGCAGCAAGGGAGAGGAGGGAGAUGCUGACUUUGAGGGUCUGGAGAAAUGGCUGGCCAAGAUCGCCUAAACGGAGAAGAGCAAGGCUGGAAGGGAGAGUCUUGGAGAGGCAAGACACUUGACCACUGAAAGGAAAAAGGGGUCCUGAAGGACUCAAAUCUGGUCUUGCUUUAGAAAGAGGAAACUUAACUUGGAAAUCAGCAUUGUGGUAACUUCCUCUGCUGCUCAAGGGCUUGUGAGCAACAUGACACAAUUGCUGGUGUGAUUUCCUCUGUCUCCAUACCGCACCAUUGUUUUUUUCUCCCCUCUUCCUUUGUCUUGUUCUGGGAUGCUGACUGUCUGGGCUUCUGUGUUUCUUUAAUCUUUCAUUUGGUAGUUGCCAAGCAAAUUAGGAAGGAGUGCAUUGCCAAAUGAGUUUUACAGAUUGGAGUCUGCUUAUUUUCUUCUUACUUGGUUUAGCAUUGCGACCCUGCUGCCUCUUGGAACUGCCAAUCACCUCCUGAUUCGGAAUUCCUUCCCCAGCCUCUCACUCCUUAGAAGCACUGUUCACAUUGCCUGUGCUGUCCUGGCAAAGGCACAGACUCUCAGUUAGGCAAUCAUUGAGUAUAAAAUGGUGUUUUCCUCUGUGUCUCCUACCUUGCUGUUCUUCCAAAAUGGUGCAGUUUCAUUUCUGUGGGACUGGAGUGGCCUAUCAGAUACCCCAGUGAGGCUGGCAGCUCUGCCUUUGUCACUGUGCUCUGCCUGUGUCCAGCUGCGGUGUCAUAUCUUCAGGUGAUUUCCACUGUUGGACAGUUCUUGGGAGUUUUUAUUUAAUGAGGGCUAUGUCCUAAAAGCUUGUUUCACUCUGCUUCUCCUCCUAUUACUUCAGACAUGUAUGCACACCCUCCAAGUGGCAGAGUUUAUAAUAAGGUCUUAGCUUGUAAUCAUGAGAUGGGCAAGUUUUCACAUUCAUACCUACAGUAUGUGUGAGAUGUGGCAUGACAGGCAUUUGCUGUGCAGUCCCCUGCCUGUCUGCUGCUCCAGUGACUGUAGCAAGAUCUUUUCUUGUGUGUAAUUAGUCAGUAGUCACGGCAAAGAGAGGGAAAGUCAAGGAGCUGCUAGGGAGGUAGUGUGAUUCUUUCUCCUGAGGAAGAUGCUCAAUAAAGAGGAGAAAGAAAUGUUUUUCCCAGUUAAUUUUCAUUUGUCUCUGGUGUUUAAAACCAAAGUGGCUGCUGAGUGUGUGUGAUCUCAAUCUUGCAGGGAAGAUUCAUGGAAUGCCUGUAGCUGUCUUGAUGGCUCUGGAGGCUGCUUGGAGCAUUGGAGGGCUCUCAUUGAGCAUGCUUCUGAACUGUCCAAGAGACAUUUGCACUCCUACUUCCUAUGUUUCCGUGAGGAACAUUGACUAUCCAAAGGGAGAUCUUCCCACAGCAGUGGUGGUAGUCAGAUGUGAGACAAGAGCCUGGUGCUGUUCAUUCAAUUUCCCCUUCUUGAUCAGCCUUAAAACACAGUUGCCUUGCUCAGCAGCUUCACAGAGCUUUCUGCUCUGAUGGGGUAUCAUUUCUGUGCUGCACCUAUGUGAGGAUGAUUGCUCUCCACACUGUGAGGUCCUAUGGCAUUGACACAUCCCCUUUGUUCUUGAUGCAUCCCCUUUUGUUUUAGGGUAGGAAAGAGUGGCUGGCUCCUGGUAGAUUCUUUUUGUCCUUUGCAGGUUCCUCUGCUCUGUUUUGGUGGUCCCUUCAUCACUCAACUGAUCUAUUGUGUUCAUUUGCUUUCCGGGGAAUUCUCUGCCUCACUGUAGCAUUGCCAAGUGUUAGGAGUGUUUGGAAGAGCAAAGACAGUCUUCAGCAAAGACUUGUGCUUGUAACAAAGCAUUUCUAGUCUUUUGAACCCAGUGACUCUUCUACUAUCCUUGCAGGAGGUGGGGAGGGUUAUAUUUACAAACGGGUUAUAUUUACAAACUGUUGUAUUUCCUGCAGCCAGAAUAUUGUUGGAACAUGUCAUGCUUUGAAUUCCUUUAGCUGGAGAUCCUUUUUAGACUGCCUGCUUUGAAUUCAUGAUGCUGAAGUGACAGUAUUGCUGUUUCUUUGAGUAGUUACUUUGCUUGCAAAGAAAGACCUUCAUCCUUGAAAAGCAGAGGCCAAGCACCAGCCUCUGCUUGAGUGAAGUGGGAAGGUAGCAUGAGGCUGUGGUUGCUUUUAAGUUAUUAAAAAUAUUCCUUAAACUUUUUUGUUCUUAA